CCAUGGAGAAAAUGUCUAAAACUGUUUCUUUCUCUUCCGUUUCUUCUAUAUCAAACCUUUCAUCUCUUCCUUCUUUCAAUUCUCUUCCAGCUUCUCAACUCAAACAAACAUUUUCUCAGUCCAUGAUGGAGGAAGCCUUAGAGUCCGCAGAAACAAUUAUCAAGAAAUGGGAUCCAAACUCACAGUCCUACACAAAGAUCAUCUCUAUGUUCAGAAACAGCAGAAAAGAAGCCAAAGAGUUCAUCAGAUGCAUCCGUGACUUACGCAGAGCCAUGCACUUUCUUGUCUCUCAAGACUCCAAAUCUGACAAGCUUGUGCUUGCACAAAACCUGAUGCAGAUUGGUAUGUCCACGCUGGAGAAAGAGUUCUUUCAGAUACUGUCUUCUAACCGAGACCAUCUUGAUCCUGAUUCAGCCUCUGGUCAGUCCACAAUAUCUAGCAACUCAGAGUUCGAAGUUGUUAUGGAAAAUGAUGAUGAUGAUGAUGUCGAAGAUGCUGCGCUGAAGAAGGCUGGUGAAUCUAUCUCUCAGGUAGAGAAAGCCUAGGCUCUGGUGAUGUCAGACUUAAAGGUCAUAGCAGAGACCAUGAUCAGAUGUGGUUAUGGUAAAGAGUGCAUAAAAAGCUAUAAGUUGAUAAGAAAGUCAAUCGUUGAUGAAGGGCUACACUUGCUUGGGAUUGAGAAGGUCAAGACCUCUCAGUUUCAAAAAAUGGACUGGGGCGUGCUGGAGCAUAUGAUCAAGAACUGGAUCAAAGCUGCAAAGAUUGGAGUCACAACACUCUUCAGAGGAGAGAAGCUUCUCUGUGAUCAUGUCUUCUCUGCAUCCAUCACAAUAGGACAGUCUUCCUUUAACCAGAUAGCCAAGGAAGCAGGACUCAAUCUCUUCAUGUUCCCGGAGCUUGUCGCCAGUAAGGAGAAGAAACCACACCAUGAGAGGAUCUUCAAGCUCAUGGAUCUCUAUGCAGCUAUCUCUGACCUUUGGCCAGACAUAGAAAUGAUAUUCAGCUUUGAUUCAUUAGCUUCUGUGAAAACUAUUGUCCUAUCAACGCUCAAGAAACUCAAGGACUCCAUCCACACGUGUCUAAGGGAGUUUGAGGUGACAAUACAUAAGGAUUCUUCUAAAGAACUUACUCCUCAAGGAGGAGUUCACAAGCUGACUCGGACAACAAUGAGUUUCAUAUCGUCGUUGUCUGAAUACAGCCGUGUCUUGUCUGAGAUCCUUGCAGAGAAUCCUCUGAAGAGAAACACUCGUUUGCUAGAAUAUUACUUCACGGCUCCAAUCUUGGAAGAUGAACAUGUAAACAACCACGCGUUCUCAGUCUAUCUAGCUUCGCUCAUACUUGUUUUCCUAUGCAAGCUAGACACCAAAGCAGAGAGUUACAAGGAUGUGUCUCUCUCUUACAUCUUCCUUGUGAACAACCUUCAGUUUGUGGUUGUUACCGUUCGUUCAACUCGCCUCAAGAGCCUCCUCGGAGACGAUUGGCUCACCAAACACGAAGCAAAACUCAGAAGCUAUGCUGCAAAAUACGAGAUAGCAGCUUGGACUAAUGUUUUCGCAUCUUUACCUGCGAAAACCAGUACCAAGCUAUCACCAGAGGAGGCCGCAACAUGUUUCAAGAGAUUCCAUGCAUCAUUCGCAGGAGCAUACAUGAAACAAUCAUCUUGUGACAUUGAGGAUGCAAAGCUUAGGGACGAGCUUAAGGUUUCAAUAGCAAGGAAACUUGUACCGGAGUACAGAAAGUUCUACGAGAAGUACUUGCUAAUGCUGAGACAGGACAGAAACAUAGAGAUGUUGGUGAGUUUUAAGCCUGAUAACUUGGAGAACUACCUCUCAGAUCUUUUCCAUGGAACAGCAAUUAUCAGUGGCUCUUCUCAUUCUGCUUCUUCAUCUUGUUGCUCAAUUGGAUGUGUAAAAAACUAAAGCUCACAGUUAGAAGAUUGUCUCAGAGAGAAUAUUGAUGCAUACAAGUUUCAUGAUUGAUGCACUUCCUUUCUUGGCACUAUCUUCUGUUAAACUAACGUAAACGCAGCGUAUGAGAGAGCUUAUUGUGAGUUUUGGUUAAGUUAUUGUGCUGAUAUAUUUUUCUGUCAAUAAAACUAAAAAUUAAUUUGGGGUUAUUAAUAAAUUCUUCGGAAGAAAAUUUGUGAAAAUUGCUUUCUAAUCAACUAUACUUGUUUUAUAGGAAAGAGCUGACUUUCUAAGGUUUUAAUUUCUUCUGGUUCUGUUUUCGUUUUUAGCUGAAUUGAUUGAACCAUAAACAUAAAAUAAACACACUAAAAAUAAAGCGUGAUAGUCAUUAAUAAUAUUGAAAUUCUUUAGGAUGACCAUAAAAAAGUUUUUUUUUUAUCAUAAUUCAAUAGUUAAAAUGACCAAAAUAUUUAGUUAAAUUGGUAAAUACCCUAAAAUUGAUUAAUAUACAAUUAGGUCUAGAUAUGAGCAGUGGGGGGUUUUGGGAGGGUAGAUUUAGGAUUUUUUAAAACAAACAAAUAAAUACUUAAAAAUAAAAUUUUGAAAAAUAGUUUCAAAUUUUUUUUUUCAAAUUUCAAAAAACAUUUUGAAAUAAAAUUAUAAAAAGUUCGAAUUCAAAAAUGUAUAAUUCAAAAACGUUACAAAAACCAACCGUAGUUAACAUAUUUGGUUGUAGAAGAAAAGAUGUUGUGAAACAAAAAGGCUAUGGUAUGAAGGAAACAUGAUUCAGAUUGAAACAGUUUCAUUUAAAUAAAUUUCUUUGGAAACCAGAUUUUACAAAACAAAGGAAAUCAGCACAAGUGGAAGCUAGAGAACAUAUACAAAAGCGAAUCAUUUCUUGGUUUAAACCCAACAUCAUUUUCUCUUCAAGCUUUGAAGGUGAGGUAAACACUGAAAUGAUUAUGUUUAGAGCUUUGGCCAUUUUUGGGUCUCUUGUUUGGAUUCCAAGUUGUUUUGUGUGUUUUGUGUGUUGUGUCUGAUGUUUAAUGAUGGAUGGGAUUAAUGUGUUUACAUAAUGCAGCAUUGUAGAAUUAAGUAAGUGUGAUUGAGAAUGGAGUAGAGUUGGUGUUGCUGUUAAUGUGCUUUAAUUAAGUUUGAGACUCAACUAAACCUUUUAUUUGAGUUAGCUAAUAUGAUUUGCCAAUUCAUGAUUCUUCUCUUUAUAUAUGUUUCAGCUUAUUUAGAAACAAGUCCACUUCUGUAAAUAAUGCAUGUUCUUAAAAAAAUAUUUUUUUAUUUAGUCCAAAUUAAUAAAUAAUUGGAUCGACGAUUUUGUAAUUAAUAAUUCUAUUUUCUUGCUAAUAUUUGAUUAAUAAAUAAUUCAGCAUCUUCCCUUUAGAGCUCGGCCCAUGUGGAUAUCAGCCCAAUAAUAGGCUUGCAAUCAAAGCCUAAACAAACAUUAACCUAAAACCAUCUAAAAGUCUUAGCAUCUUCUUCGUAUUCUUUUCUAGGGUUUCUAAUCCGAGACCAAGAACUCUCGAUCUUCGUCUGAUGAAGACUAGAGCCAUCAGGAGGAGACUCACCAAACAUCAGGCAUCGCCGCAUCGCUGAAGACAGAAAGGGAGAAUAAGGAAGAAAUGGACUUUCCAAUAAGUAAGUACGCUAUAAAUUAAUUAGGUGUAACCCUUAUCGUAUUAAUUACAUCACAUCUCUGUCAUUUUGAAUUUGUAGCUCUUUUCGAUUUGUUUUGUUUUAAAUUUUUAAUGAAAACACAUUAUUCACAAAAGCAUUAUUUACCAAGUCCAAGAAAGAAUAUUAUCAUUUCAGAAUGUAUUAAUUAUUAUUUUUCAAGUAUCUUCAAAUAACAUUUAUGGAACUAUUUUUAACUAAAAAUAAAUGUCAAGUUUGAUUGCAAGUGAGUUUCAAUAAUUUCACAUAAAUCCCAUAUUGAAUAACAUUUGAUUUGAAAAGCUUUUUUUAAAUCAGUGAUUGAAUAACAUGAUCAGAUUUUAACAAAUUCACAAAAUCUCCUAAAACCCUUAAUUCAGUACACCCCAUCAUCUCUAUAAAAUACUUGAUUUCCUCGCAAUUUAUAUGUCCACUGGAUCGUUUUCUGUUGAUUUGGGAGAAUUCUCUGCUGCUGUUUAUAUUUGUAUACAUACGGAAAGUGUUUAUCCUUAUUUUUUUAUUGGCUUCAAAGUUUUUUCUUUUUUUUUUUUGCUAAAAUUUGGUACGGCUUCAUGAUAGAUCCCAGUUGCAGGGUUAUUAAUAUUGAUAAGAAAAACACUUGCAAAGGAAUACUUAGAAGUUAGAACACACGUAAAUUCAGGCAAAUUUCUCUGUUUAUUCUUUUUGGCUUUUUCAUUUAUAUAAAUAGCAAAUUGGAACUAGUAGUUCCUACAAACAAGGAACCAAAGUUUAAACAUGGAAUUGCUUGAUUAUUUGCUGAAACAAAGAAAAAUAACUCAAUCAAAUCAUGCACUCUUGGUACUUUGAGAUCAUGUACUCUUGGUACUUUGAGUUUGGUUUGUUCACUCGGUUUGAUCGCUGGUAUAGCACUGAACCAUCAGUUCAAAAGUCGUUAAAGAUUACACGUUAAGAGAUUUAGUGAAUUGUUAAUCAGAUGGCGACGUCAUUCUCUCGAAUAUAAUGGAUCUACCAGUAGAAAACAAGUAAACAAUGUGGCUACCACGUAUAAAACUCUCGUAGACAAUAAACAGUGGCGCGUUGACGUGUACACGGUGUAAGAAAACGGGUACAUACAUGCGACUGAUGUAAAUUAUAUGGGAAAAACAUGCAAUAAUAUGCGUUAAUGUUGCACCAAAUUUUAGCAAAAGAAUAUGCGUUAAUGUGUAAGAUUGAGUUGUUAAACACUUAAUUUUUAAAACAGUCGAAUGCAGGCAUUAUCGUGAGUGAUUAUCGUAAUCGCAGCGUAUCAGAGAGAUUAUCGUGACUUUUUGAUUAAGAAACUGUGCUUCAAGCAAUUAAAGAAAAUCAAUGACAGACAGUACUGCCCUCUAUCUAUAAUAAAUAUAGUGACAAAAAGUUAUGUGCCCCCGGUUAAAUCUAGUUCUAGAUCCGCCCCUUGCUUGUAUAUUUCUUUUCUGUCAUUAAAACUAAAUAUUAAUCUGGGCUUAAUAUAUUAUUUGGGAGAAAAAGACAAAAUCUGAGAAGAUUCGACUUGGUCAUUAGUACAGCUUGUUUUAUAUGCCAUAGUCGACUUUCUUCAAGUUCUUAACUUCUUCUGGUUCCGGUUUUCACUGAAUUAAUUAAACCAUAAACAUAAAAUAAACACAUUAAAAUAAAUUAUUAUCGUCAUCCGUAGUAAAUAAUAACAACAAUCAAAAUGGAGAGCUCAACGUGACAACAAUCAAAAUGGACAGCUCAACGUGACUCAUGCAUGUUCCAAGCUCGUUGAAACAAUCUCUUUCGUAAAUAUAAACAAGUGUUAGUAUCGCUUGCAAUCUUAUUAUUCUUUCGUAACGGGUUACUCUUUGUACUCGGUACAGAUAAAACCAAACUAGUUUAGAAAUAACCUAACCGAUGUUCAAUCUCUCUAUCGGACAACCUCUGAAUCGCUAACCGGUAUGAAAUAAAUACGUCGAAUAUAUAGCUUAUUGCUGAUCUCUGAUUUGCUUGUCAGCGUUGAUAAAGAAUUCUCGAUCGUGGCUGCAUCUAUACGCCAUUGACUUUGAUAAGUCAUACAUCUUAUUUUCUGUAAUUAAGCUCGUGUUCAAGAUGUAUGCGUAUAUUUCGUAUUUGUAUAUAUAUCUUUUCAAACCUUCUGUAUGUCAUUAACUCAUUAUAAAUGAAUAUGUACAAGUAAAUACGUAUAAUAUCAGAGAUCUGCCUAUCUUUUGCACGGUUGGCCAAACAGAUAGGUUAAUAUUCUUAUAUAUAGUAUAAUGUGGCAUGAAAAAUGAUCUGAAAGGGAUAAAUAUACAUAUUAUUAUCUUUGGUUUCACUAUUUACAAAUUGAAUAAUGCAAGUUGUAGUUUCAUAUAUUAAUAUUUAAUGCUAGGUAUCAGCUCGCUGCAAUCUUUACUAUUGAUAAAAGUUUGUUAAAACCAUACAAUUUAUAUAUAACUAUAAAACAUACAAUAAGGAUAGUAUAUUAACAAUAAAAUAUUACAUUAGUCUAGUGGAAAAUUACAUAUAAAAUAAAUUAUAUCACAAAAAUUAAAUAAAAUGCAGAAUUAUUUAUUAUAAUUAUUUUCAUAUUAUAUAUAAUCAAUUAAUGCAUUUUGUAGUGAUAAAUGAGUCUUUUUUAUUUUUUUUUGUAGAUUUCAAAGUAAGUUUGUUCGGUUUUUAGUUAAAAAAAAAGAUUGUUUGGCUUAAUAUUGUUUGUAUACUAUUUUUUAAUGUUAUUAAUAUAUCUUGUAAAAGCAUAAUAUAGUGAAGCUUAAAAUGAUCAACAGAAAGUUAGUAAAAAGAUACAUAAUUCAAAAAGACUGAAAAUUUUGAAACUUAAAAAUAGUAAAACUUAAUUAUCACUAUUCAAAACUUCUGAGUUUAAAAUGUUAAAGUUGCUUUUAGGGUGUAUUAAACUGUAUAUUUAAAAUCAUGAGAAGUUUAAAAGCAUCUCAUUGAACAUUAUAUAGAGUGAAAUAUAGUUUCUUAUGUUUAAGCGAAAUCAAUGAUGAAUGACCAAACUAAACAUUUGAUUAGCUUCUCCAUGUGUACACAAAGAUACAUAAUUCUUUACGUAAAGAAUUAUACCUUUAUACUUUUAACUAUUCGUUCAAAUAUUUUAUACAUCUAUAAAGAAACUACAUGAACGUCAUUCGUAGAAAUAUUACAACGCAUGUACACAUGGAGAAGCUAAUCAAAUGUUUAGUUUGGUCAUUCAUCAUUGAUUUCGCUUAAACAUAAGAAACUAUAUUUCACUCUGUAUAAUGUUCAAUGACAUAACAAAGAAUUAUAAAACUUUAUAUUUAAACUCAUGAGAUGCUUUUACCUAAAGAAUUAUACCUUUAUACUUUUGAUUAUUCGUUCAAAUAUUUUAUAUAUCUAAUAAAGAAACUAUAUGAACGUCACCCGUACGGAAUAUUUCAAAGCUUACACGUCUAGAUAAGCUAAUCAAAUGUCUGUUGUGGUCAUAGGUUUCACUCAAACAUAGAGGGAACCAUAUCUCUAUAUAAUGUUUCAAUGAUCUUACAAAGACAACCAAGAGAUUUAUAAAAAGCCAAGUGACUCCCAUUAAACCUUAACAAUGGCGAAAAUGGCUAAAACUGUUACAUUCUCUUCCUUUUCUUCUUUAUCAAACCUUUCAUCUCAUCCUUCUUUCAAUUCUCUUCCUUCUUUCAAUUCUCUUCCAGCUUCUCAACUCAACCAAACCUUUUCUAAGUCCAUGAUGGAGGAAGCCUUAGAGUCCGCAGAGUCAAUCAUCAGGAAAUGGGAUCCUAACUCACAGUCCUACACAAAGAUCAUCUCUCUGUUCAGACACAGCAGAAAAGAAGCCAAAGAAUUCAUCAGAUGCGUCCGUGACUUACGCAAGGCCAUGCACUUUCUUGUCUCUCAAGACUCCAAAUCCGACAAGCUUGUCCUUGCGCAGAGCCUGAUGCAGAUCGGCAUGUCCACGCUGGAGAAAGAGUUCUUCCAGAUACUGUCUUCUAACCGAGACCAUCUUGAUCCUGAUUCAGCCUCUGGUCAGUCCACAAUAUCUAGCAACUCAGAGUUCGAAGUUUACAUGGAAAAUGAUGAUGAUGAAGAUGAUGAGCUGAAGAAGGCUAGUGAAUCCAUCUCACAGGUGGAGAAAGCCUCAGCUCUGGUGAUGUCUGACCUAAAAGUCAUAGCAGAGACUAUGAUUAGUUGUGGUUAUGGUAAAGAGUGCAUAAAAAGCUAUAAGUUGAUCAGAAAGUCUAUUGUUGAUGAAGGGCUACACUUACUAGGGAUCGAGAAAGUCAAGACGUCUCAGUUUCACAAAAUGGACUGGGGAGUCCUCGAGGUUAUGAUCAAGAACUGGAUCAAAGCUGCAAAGAUUGGAGUCACAACACUCUUCAAAGGAGAGAAGCUUCUCUGCGACCAUGUCUUCUCUGCAUCCCUCACGAUAGGACAGUCUUGCUUUAACCAGAUAGCAAAGGAAGCAGGUCUCAAUCUCUUCACGUUGCCGGAGUUGGUAGCCCACAAGGAGAAGAAACAACACCACCAUGAGAGGAUCUUUAAGCUGAUGGAUCUUUAUGCAGCUAUCUCUGACCUUUGGCCAGACAUAGAAAUGAUAUUCAGCUUUGAUUCAUUAGCUUCUGUGAAGACUCUUGUCCUCUCAACACUCAAGAAACUCAAGGACUCUAUCCACACGUGUCUCAAGGAGUUCGAGACGACGAUACAUAAAGAUUCUUCUAAAGAACUUUCCCCUGAAGGAGGGGUUCACAAUCUGACUCGGACAACGAUGAGUUUCAUAUCAUCGUUGUCCGAAUACAGCCGUGUGUUGUCUGAGAUUCUUGCAGAGCAUCCUCUUAAGAGAAACUCUCGCUUGCUAGAAUCUUAUUUCACGGCUCCCAUUUUGGAAGAUGAACACGUCAACAACCAAGCCUGCUCGGUCCAUAUUGCUUGGCUCAUACUUGUUUUCCUAUGCAAGCUAGACACCAAAGCAGAGAGUUACAAUGAUGUGUCUCUCUCUUACAUCUUCCUUGUGAACAACAUGCAGUUUGUGGUUGAUACAGUUCGUUCAAGUCAACUCAAGAACCUCAUAGGAGACGAUUGGCUCACUAAGCACGAGGCAAAACUCAAAAGCUAUGCUGAAAAGUACGAGAAAGCAGCUUGGACUAAUGUUUUUGUAUCAUUACCUGCAAAAAAAAGUGCCAAGCUAUUACCAGAGGAGGCCACUACAUGUUUGAAGAGGUUUCACGCAGCAUUCGCAGGAGCAUACUUGAAACAAUCAUCAUGUGUUAUAGUGGAUGCUAAGCUUAGGGACGAGCUUAAGGUUUCUAUAGCGAGGAAACUUGUACCGGAGUACAGAGAGUUUUACGAGAAGUACUUGCCAAUGCUGAGGCAGGACAGAAACAUAGAGAUGUUGGUGAGUUUUAAGCCUGAUAACUUGGAGAAUUAUCUCUCGGAUCUUUUCCAUGGAACACCAAUGCUCGGUGGCUCUUCUCGUUCUGCUGCUUCUGCUUCUUUGUCUUCUCCAUCUUGUUUCUCAAUAAGAUGUGUAAAACACUAAAAGCUUGCAGUUAGAAGAUCGUCUCAGAAAGAAUAUUGAUGCAUACAAGUUUCAUGAAUAUUGAUGCUCUUCCUUUCUUGUCACUAUUUCUGUUAAACUAAAUAUCAGUAAACGCAGCAUAUGAGAGAUAUUAUUGUGGGUUUUGGUUAAGUUACUGUGCUGGUAUAUUUUUCUGUCAAUAAAACUAAAAAAAAUAAUUUGGGCUUAAUAAAUUAUUUGGAUGAAAAGGACAAAUUUUGAGAAAUUAAUAGCAUCGUCCAAAAGUAUCAUGAUGGUCAUGCUUUCUGUCUAGCAACACGGUCAGAGAAAGAGUCUGGCUUGUGCCAUCCAAGGAGCUGGCCAGGUAAAACCCCUGAGAUUUCCCUACAACUGCUGAGCCUAGCUCGUGGCUUUAGGUAAGCUCAUCACAUCUUAUGUUUUGCGUCAUCAUGAUUGUUUUCUUUAUAUGUUACAACUCAAUAAUGAACACAUCAUUAAUGCUUCUUCGAAAACAUUCAUUUACUCUUUUAUUUUAAUUGAAAGAUCUUGUAAAUCAAUGAUUUUACAACUUAUAAUUCUACUGGUGUUUUAUGAUUUUACUUUCAUUAUUUUAAUGAAUGGUUCCACAUGGACAAUUUUUACGACAUAAUUUUCUUUUCUCUAUUUUCUCAGUCAAACAUAUUUGAAAAACCAAAAAUACAAUGAAGGAUAAACUUGCAUGUGGGUAUUUAGAGUUUCGUUUCUGUUAUAUUAUAUGUUGAUUUGGUUCCACUGAUUUGGUUUUCCAUUCAAUUUCGUCUGUAGAAUAAUUUAGGUACCAUUGUUGUUAAAAAAAGAGCGGUUCCACGAUUUUUUAUAGGCACAAACAUCUCAGAUAAUUUAGUCUUAUGAUUUACGGCCAAACUUGGCAUUCAUAUAUCCUAUUUAGUGACUCUGAAAGAAAUUUGUUUAAAGUUAUAAUUAUUAGCAGUAAGCGCGAUUUGAGUUACUAAGCAAUCCAGAUUUAGAGGCACCCCAUUACAUUCCAUCAUUUGGUCAUGUAGAUAUGCGCUCAUUAUUUAAAGUGCAGAGACGAAACUAAUAUUAUAUGUUGUGGUUUCGGAUAGGGAAAUUCGAGUUUCUACCCGAAUUUCUUGGUAAUUCAUAAAAAAAAUAUCCGUAGAAAAGGUUUUUUGGAAAUUAUUAUGAUCUUCCCAUAGAUUCCAGAUAUCCAGGUUAAUAAAAGCACUAUCUACAUGGUAAAUGUCGAGUUAUUGAUCUCUGAACUCAAGAAUCACACAUUUAGUUUUUUUUUUGUUUUUUUUUUUGAAAAAAGGGCUUUUAAUAAUGACAAGAAAGGAAGAGUUAUUGAUCUCUGAACUCAAGAAUCACACAUUUAGUUUACAACUAUUUGACUAAAAUUAAAACUACCAAAUAAUUCAUCAUCUUUCUUUAGAGCCUCGGCCCAUAUAAUAUUAAAAUCGAUCCAAUAAUAAUGCUCACAAUCAAACUCCAAGUUAAUAAACCUAAAAUCCGAUCUCCUCAUCAUCUUCAUAUUUUUUAUAGGGUUUUCUAGUAUAUGUUUAUUCUAUAAAAAAAAACACCACAAGAGUAAGGGAAUUCGAAGACGCAAUGGGUAAAGAUUGGGAAUACUCAUUUUAAUGAGAAUAUUUAUUCACAAACGCAUUAUUGUUAUCUUAUAUCAUCGAAAUAAAAAUACUUGAUUUGCUUGCAGUCGUUUUUAAACUGGAACCCCCCAAAUGAUCCAAUAUAGGAUCGUUUUCUGUCGUUUGGGUUUGAGAGAAUUCACUGGUUCUCUAUCAACAAAACCAAAGUUUUUUUGCUUUGAAACUAUGUGUACCAGUGCGAAAGUCUAUAUCCUUUGUUUCCUUUAUUGGCUUCAAAAGUUCAAGAUCACACGUCAAAGAUUUGUGAAUUGUUAAUCAGAUGGCGGCGUCAUUCUCCCGAAUACCAUACUAGGGAUGGACAAUCGGGUGACCAUUCCGGUUAGGUUUGGAUCUAAUCGAGUUUAGAAAUUUCAGCUCCAUUCAAGUUUUAUAAAAACUAGAGUUUUUAAUAUUAUAUAUAUUUCUCAAUUCUAAAAAAAUAAUGUAUAAUAUUGUAUUACAUUAUUUAAAGAAUAUAAAAUAAGACUACAUAACAUAAAUAUUUUUUUUUUAAUUUUCUUUGUGAAAAUUAUUAUGUUGUUUGAUUGUUAUACUUGAUUCGCAUAUUCGCAUAGAUAUAUGUGAUAGAUGAAUAACUAUAUUUUUAUUAUCAGUAAAUAAUAUAUAUUUAUUAUAUAAUAUAA